GCAGAGGCUUCUUGCUCAGCUCAGUUAUACAUGCACGCUGGUAGCGACUGGACCAGACUCCACAGCCCUCCCUGUAUCUCUGUGACUCUGUGACCGGAACAGAUAGGACCGCACCGGAUCGCACCGAACCGAGCCGGAGCAAGGCGACCUGGAACGCGCUCCCUACAGUGCCGCGCGUGUGUGAUGUGAAUUGUUUGUACGUAUCCGCAGUGACACUUGGACUUCGCGAUGUUGUUGGUGUCGAGCACGAGGUGGCUGCUGCUGGUGGCGGCGAUGGCCGCGCUCGCGAGAGCACACCCCGCGCUGCCGCAGGAAGAACUAGCCGUGCUGGAACACGACCUAGAAGAGGACCUUCAGGACCUGGAGGAUGCCCGCGCCGUCGACGAAGCCUACGAGCGACUCUACGACAACGCCCUGUUCCUGGACCUUGCCGAUGACUCCACAGCCGCCAAGGAACCGGCACCGGCGAACCUCCCUAUGGACGACUACGACGGCGAGAUGCCUCAGGGCGACCAGCCCAUGCCCGACGCGCAGCCCGACGACGCCGACGACGCCCAGAACGCCUCCACGAGGGCGGCGUCACCAGCGCCCGCCGGUUCGGACCGCCCGGACGACACCAAGGAGGCCGCCCCCGCGACGUCGCCGUCGACGCCAUCCGGGCCGCAGGCACACGCCGCCAGCCGCAAGUCCGAGCGUGAAAGCGUUGAGAGCCCAACCGUGGAGAGAGACAGGGAGCUCCGCCUGCAGCACAUCAAGAGCCAGGUGCUGCAGUACCUCGGCCUGCCCCCCGACGGCCAGCACCCACUCAGCAACAUGUCGUCCAACCGCCAGCAGCUGUCCGUGCUCCGCGUCGUCGGCCAGAUGAACCUGCCCAACGUGCCGCCCCAGGACAUCAUCGCCGAGAAGGUCACCAGCCACUACCCCGCCUGCGCUCUGCCUCGCAACACGGACGAAGCUCUGUGGUCCGAGGGCAGGUCCAUGCGGCUGCUGUUCGAGCUACCCAACCACCCUCCGCCGGCCGGGACGUCCGCCAACGUGGUGCAGGCCACGCUGCGGCUGUUCAAGGUGUCUCAGGGCGGCUCCGCGGCCCACCCGCACAAAGGCCCCAUCUGCAUGCCCUCCGUGGCCACCACGGCCGCGGCCGCCGCCGCCGCGUUCGCCAGCACCCACGCCAACACCGAGGACGACGACGGCGUGCUUGACGGCGACGGCCUCGGCGGCCACGCCCCCGUGCCGCUGCACGCGCUGCUGGGCAUGGCGCAGGCCGACGACCGGCAGGUGCGCGUCUCCGUGUACUGGUACACGCGCUCGCUCAAGAAGAACAAGAACGGGGUGGUGGUGGAGAAGCGCAAGCUGCUGGACUCCCGGAUGCUGGCGGUGCACGGCUCGGCCUGGACCGAGUGGAACGUGCGCACGGCCGUCAAGGUGUGGCGCGAAUCGGGCCGCAACUUUGGGCUGGUCGUCGAGGUCGAGGACGAGGACGGCACCCGCCUGGACGCGCACCAGUUCUUCAACGGCAUGAACUGCACGCAAGAGGCAUCCAACGCCAGACCCAUCCCCAGCUUCCUCCUCGACCGACUCAACCACAGCAGUGCCUCUGGAUACAGAGAGCCCGGAGGAGCUGCCUCCGGAGCGUACGCCCACGCUUUCAACCAGAACCUGUUCCCCGUGAUCGACCUGUGCACCGUGGAGACGACGGACAGCAGCGGCGGCGGCGCCUUGUCCUCAUCCGGCUACGACUUCGGCGUCCUCGGCCUCGGCAGGCAGUCCAAGCAGGCCACUAAGCACAAGCCGUCGGCACCGGCGCGGGCAGAGAGCCGCGGCCACAAGCACCGCCACCAGCACCAGGACGACGUCAAGGAGGCCGACGAGGAAGCGGAGCCCGUCGCGAGGAGGUGGCCCCGCGCCAGGGCCGGCCAGGACGACCGCACCCUGCACCAGAGGAUCGUGUUGGCGGCCAGCGCGGCCAGGCAGCAGCACGCCGGCAAGGACAGGUAGAGCGGGACGACCUGCACCACGUCGCCGACGACCGACGACGAGGCCCCACCGCAUCCAUCAGUAUUCUCUGUCGUUCCUGUCGCCUGCAUUCCAGCCUUGGUGAGCAGUUCCUGGGCACCAAGUGGUGCGGAGUACGAAGUGUGCCCCGCCACCCGCCGCCGCACAGGCUGCGGAGCUGCAGCCAGCGUGCCAUACACGGUGCCACAGCGCGGUCCGCGGCCCUCAACCCGCCUCGCGCCUAGUACAAGUUUUGAGGUGUAUUUAUUCGCUCGAGGAAGGGGAGAGCAUGUGUAGUUUGUAAGGCCGUACAAAAGACUGUCCGUGUAAAUUGUUCCGCUUAGUGUUACAGCUACGAGUUCUGAUAAACGUCUAGUCUUUACACCCUUCUUGCUGGAACUUUUCUUUAGGAAAGUUUUAGGCAAGAAUGGGACACUAGUUUUUAUUGUAAUUGAGUUUAAGUCGACGGCCUCCUGGCGUUAGGAAUGUAAGUUAGUUUACUACGCCCUACAUCACCGACUCCUAAUAUUGGUACUAAUAUAUCCAAUUUUGAUACAUUUGUUGUUUAUUGAAUCUUUUCGCCGAGCUGCGUGGUUAUCGUCCAAUUGGCUACAGCGUUCCAAAGUUUUUGUUUUGUGCCGUAAAGAACAGUCAAAAUUUACUCGAAAGACGGCGUUGUGUCACAAUUUUCUAUUUUAUUUUAAAGUAAAAUGUUCCAACUUUUGGCACUUCUGUCAAAAUGUUGAAGCACUCCCAGGGCCUUUGCGCCCCUUGAUCUACAUCACGCAUUCCGUUUUUGCUGCUACUUCCUCCUUAUAUUGAGUGUUACCAACAAACCUUAAGUAAGGUGUUGUGGUUUGGUCCGCUGCAGCCCAGUAGAGACAACGUAGUUGUAAGUGUAACGCUGUAACGCGCGCACGUGUAAAUACUCACUUAAAAAUCGCGUAGUGAAGAAAAUGUCUCAUUAAUCAGCUUCUAUCCAAAAAUAUCAUUAGUUAAUUUAUAAUACAUCGUACUAUUUAUCAUAAUUCUCCAUAUCACUCUUUUAUUUAUUUAUAUUAAGUCCUAGUUUGAUCAGAAACGUACCAUAAACUUGUUUGACUACUUAACGGUCUGUUGUUUGUAUAAUAAAUUUAUGGAUUAUUUUUAAAACUUUUUAUCCUCUGGAUGGUUUUGAAUGUGCUGACCUGGUCUGUGGGUUUGUAAAGAGACAAAACUUUUGGGUACGAAUUCAGCAUUUGGAUUACAUUUUGACGACCUACAUCUAAGACCUCGAAAUAAGUAUUAAUGUGUGUCGUGAUUACGAGUGACGAAACGUUCUGAAACGAAACUGUGUAAAUAAUGUACACUAAACACAAAAGUAAAUGUAUUUCUUUUAGAAA